CCCCUGGCUUGGCAGAUUUACUUUUUAACUCCAGGCAGAUAUCACAGAUAACCUGCCAUGAAGCUGGUCACUGUACUCCUGCUGGUGACCGUUGGCAUUUGCAGUUACUCUGCUACCGCCUUCUUCCUCGGCGGUGUCAAGAAUGCCGUACCUUUACCUGUGGAUGCCAUUCCCCUUCUGGAUCCACUCAAGCUUCUGCUGCAGACUCUGGGCAUUUCUGUUGAGCACCUCAUAGAAGGGCUAAGGAAGUGUGUGAAUGAGCUGGGCCCAGAGGCCUCUGAGUCCGUGAAGAAACUGCUGGGGGCCCUUUCACAUUUGCUGUGAUGACAGGAUAAAGCGAGAAUGGAAGGAGGAGGAUGGUCUCCUGCUCCCUGGCUGAAACUCGUUCCAUCCUAAAAUGUAGUGACUCCUGGAAAGAAUGAAUAAAGCAAUGAGUAGAUUUCA